CCAUUAUUGUGCUUAAAACUUGAUUAUCUUGAAAAGUCCCAGAAGGAAAAGGGGGAUUUUAACAUUUGUUUCCAAAGCAUUCCAAUAUUUUUAUCAUUAUGUUGUUUUUUUUCCAAAAUUUUGAAUCCCAGCUCUUUUUUAAACCCAAUACUACAAUCAAAAUUUUAAAGAGUGGCAGUAGACUAUUUCAAAGAAUAGUAUAUGGCAAAGGUUUGUAUGGUGAAUGGCAAUGUUUAAAGAUAUUUUAUUUGCAAAUAUAUUUGCCUCUCAAACAGGAUUACUCAGGAUUUGGGAAAGUCUAGGAUUCUGGGUUUGGACUGCAAGGGCAUCAGAGGAAUGGAAACGAAUAACUGCAGUAUGCUAUAGAAGUUGAGGAGGGGAAAGUUUCAAUUUCCAACUUGUAAAAAGUCCCCAUUUGGCUGAAGCUUUCUUUCAACUUCCUUUCCUCUUGCCAGUUAACUCCUUUCAUUUCUAUGGAAACACCCCCCUCCCUAAGCAGCCCACAUAAGGAAAAGGCAACAAGAAUGAAUUUCCAGCAGGGCUCUUAAGGAAAGAGAUGUGGAAGCAGGUCUCCAGUAAGAUCCGAGCUGAACAGGACUAGUUUGGCUUUACAGACAGUGUUCAAUCACAGUCUGAAUGAAAGUACUUGGGAUCCUGACUUGUACCCAAAACUGGAAGCCAAAGUAGUUACAUUCUAUGGACAAACUAAUUUGGCUAUUGAUCAUAAUACAACAUAUAUUUCAGCUGUCCAGCAGUCUGAUAUGUGAUCACCGAAAGAAGGCUUUUAGAGCAGUUUUGCUAGAAUGGCCAGAAUUUCCAAAAGGAAAGCAUCCAGACAUUUAUGCUGUAACAUACCAUGUCACAGAUGAUUUCAUUCAGAAAAAUAUGGAAAGUAUUUCUACCACUCAAGUAAAAGCACAGAAUGUUACGAUUCUGCUUGAAGAAGAGAAAACCUAUGGUGUGAUGGUACAGUCAAUGAAGAAUGGCAAGAUUCUGCAUACAAAAUCAUUCAAGACACGUGGUAUUGCUGGUGACAUUAUAAAAACACAUGCAACAAGCACUAGUGUGUUGUUUAACUGGAAUAUAACAGCUAGGGAUUUUUCUGUGGAAAUUUCACAUAAUAACUCGGCUCGAAUAUGUGAACAUGACAACAUCUUCUAUGAAUGGACUGACCUGACUCCUGGAACACUUUACACUUUCAUUCUUGUAUUUAGACAACUUCACUUGGAAUUUUUUAACGUGUCUCAGACACUGGUUGUUCAGAUUGAAACAGGUGUGUGUUCUGAUGGCUGGACAGCUUUCAAACAGAACUGCUAUAAAAUAAGUAAUGAAAGCAGUUCUUGGAAAAUGGCACAACAAAACUGUAGAUUAUCUUCAAGUGGAGCUCAUCUUGUUGAUAUAAGGAGUAAAGAAGAACAUGCCUUUCUGGUUUCUUAUCUGCAGUCAUUCAGUCACAUCAUCAUGUUGUGGACAGAUCUGAACGACAUUAAGGAAGAAGGGCAAUUUUCUUGGACAGAUGGUUCUCUGUAUCUUGGGAAAUUUGAACUCCAUUCUUUGGCAAUGGUACCAGAAAAUGAGACAAAUUGCUAUGUUUUCCAAAGAGAUCCAGCCAGUCCAGAGUAUUUUUUCGUGGGUUUCUUCUGCUAUAUUCCAUUGCCAUAUAUUUGCAAAUAUGAGUUACCGUCUGUUCCUGAAAACUUCACAUUUAAGGUGCAAGAUAUUGGCACAAAUGAAGCAGCCCUUUUCUGGAGUAAUUUGAAUGGUUGGCUUCGUUCAGAUUUUCGGAUCAAUCUUAAAUACUAUUUUGCACAUUCAGACCAAUAUUUUGAAACUUUUUUGCUGAAUGCAACAUCCACAAAAAUUCUGGAUUUGUGCCCAGGUCAUUUUUAUAAUUUCUUAUUGUCAGCAAGGAACUUUGAAGGAGCUCAAAUUACUCUACAUCCUGUCAUCAUGUCAGAAACAAGACCAUUACAUUUACUCAACGUAAAGGCAACACAGGUGACAUCCUCAGAAAUAGUUUUGCAAUGGGAUAUUCCAGCAAGCUCAUGUGAUGCAUCUUUUCAUCACUAUCUGGUUAGUGUCUUUGAUAAUAAAGCAGCAAAAUGGGAAACAUUUACUUUUGGAAAAACUAACACUACUGCUGUAAUUAGAAAUGUCAAGUCAUACCAUCAGUAUCAGUUACAUCUUCAAAGUGUGUCUGAACAAGGAACUCAAAGCUGCUAUGAAGACCCUAUGGUAGUAAUAACAGGUGUCAGCCCACCCACCAAUGUAUUCAUUCAUCCAGAAGACAUAGGAGAAACCCAUGUAAUUGUCUCCUGGAAACUGCCACAAGAGGGCGAGGAAUCCUAUAUUCAAGCAAAUGCUGCAAUGUUCAAGGAUAAAAGCAUGUCAGUUUUAGUGUCUAACACAGAGAAAUUUAAAAUUGAAAACCUUAUACCUGGAAUGACUUAUGAAAUAGGAGUGGCUACUGUGACCAAUGGAAAUAAGAGUGAUCUGAAUACCAUUCAGUGCACACUUAAACCAAAACCAGUACAAAUUGUCAUCCCAUAUGAAAUUCACAAUAAUUCUGUGGUACUGUUUGUUCAAAUGCCUACUGUUGGAAUAGCUGAUGGUAUACAUGUUUUAAGUAAAGGAGGCCCUAAUACGUCACUGACUUUAUCAACUGAUAGAAAAAUAACUGUGGAAAACUUAAUCCCGGGCACAGAAUAUGACUUCUUUGUUUCCACAACUAGUGGUUAUAUGUUAAGUUCUGCAUACCAUUUGCCAGCUGUCAGAACAUGUCUUGCAGCACCACUAAAUGUACGUGAAGGCAGAGUUACAGAUCUUUCAGUACAGAUUAUUUGGGAUCAGGCAGCUGGAAACUUUCAACAGUAUGAAGUCAUGUGCAUAAACUGUGCAGGUACUUUCAUGGUUCAAAAGGUCAGAAAAGAAAUGGCAGAAUUUUCCAGUUUGAUCCCAGGAUUACUGUAUAAUUUUACAAUCAAAACAGAGAAAGAAGGAUAUAAGGACAGUGUUCCUGUGAGCAUACAAAUAGAGACAGCGCCAAGCUCAGUUAGGUACAUAAAUGUCAGUAAAGACUCUGGAUCAAUAACUGUUGCCUGGCCACCAGCACUAGGUGUCAGUGAUGGGUACAUCAUUACAUUGGCUUGCAAAAACUACAGUAAAGAAGAAAGGUUAUCUUCAGACACAAGAAAUUUCACCUUUGAUGGUCUUACCCCAGGAACUGAUUACUUUAUUACAGUCAUUACUACUAAUAGAUUAAAGAGAAGCAUCCCUACCACUCUGAGAGUAAGCACCAAUCCAGCUCCACCUUUAGAUUUGCAAGCUUUUGGAAUAGAAGAAAAUACAGUUUAUCUGUCAUGGGAAUUGCCUGAUGGAAACUAUAAUAAUUUUAAAUUUUCAUAUGGUCUGGCAACAAGUAGUGAUAUUCUCCAUACAACUACAAUUCAUGGUAGCAGAACUGUGGUAAAAGAUCUGAUGCCUGGAGUAGAGUACAUCUUUCAACUGAAGACUAGAAAAGGGAAAGAUUUAAGUGUGGCUGUGGACAAAAAAGUUACAACAAAACCAAUGAGGAUUUGUGGUCUAACUGUAACAGCAGUAAAUACUUCAUCUGCCACAUUAAUGUGGAAUCCAAGGAAGACCAACUUCACCCACUAUAGAGCAUCAGUAUCAAACAACACUUUCAGAAAGGAAUAUACACUUUUAGGAUCUCAGUCACGUCACACCAUUUCAGAUUUGAUUCCUGGUGGGAUUUAUAAUUUCACACUGCAGAGAGUAAAAGGCAGUGCAGAUGGUGCUAUUGCCUUUACUGAAAUCAUUGCAGAGCCUGAAAAGCCAGAGAAGUUAGAAGUCUUCAAUGUGUCAUCACAUUCCUUUUCUCUUCGCUGGAGACUACUGAACAGCUACGUGGAAAAGUUUCAUGUGCGUCUCACACCUCCUCACGGCUUUGUUUCUAUCCAGGAUGUGGGAGGUGGGGAGUAUCAGGCUGAUAUUUCAGACAUCAUUCCUGGAACAAUGUACAGUGUGACUCUUUCUUCUGUUACUUCUUCAGUGUACAGCUCACCUGUCAGCAAAACAGUGACAACUAAUGUAACUAACCCAGGACCUCCUGUUUUUCUUGCGGGAGAAAGAGUGGGAUCUGCAGGAAUUCUUCUGUCUUGGAAUGCACCGUCCCAUCCAAAUGGGAGGAUUAUAUCCUACACUGUCAAAUAUAAGGAGGUAUGUCCUUGGAGGCAAAAUACUUACACUCAAGUUACAACUAAACCCGACAGUUUGGAGGUCCUUCUCACCAAUCUCAAUCCUGGAACAACUUAUGAAAUUCAGGUUGCAGCUCAAAAUAUUGCUGGCAUUGGAGUAUUUAGUGACCCAUUUCUCUUUCAGACUGCAGAAAGUGCUCCAGGCAAAGUGGUGAAUCUCACAGUUGAAGCGAUCAACCAUUCAGCUGUAAAUCUGAUUUGGUUUCUGCCUCGACAGCCCAAUGGAAAAAUAACCAGUUUCAAAAUUAGUGUGAAGCAUGCAAGAAGCGGGAUAGUAGUGAAAGAUGUUUCUGUCAAAGUGGAGGACCUUCUGUCUGGAAGGCUGCCAGAAUGUAACGAUAAGAGUGAAUCCUUUUUGUGGAGUACUACCACUCCUUCAACUACUCCUAGUAAAACUACUGCAUUUAUCCCAAGCACAAUUGCUCCUAACAAGAUGAGCUCUGUCUGGAAUGAACCUAUCAGCUUUGUUGUGACUAAUCUCAGACCAUACACUACUUACCUUUUUGAAGUUUCUGCAGUUACCACCGAAGCAGGUUAUAUUGACAGUGCAAUCGUUAGAACACCAGAAUCAGUUCCAGAGGAUCCGCCUCAAAAUUUUGUCAAAGGAAACAUUACAGGAAAGUCUUUCUCAGUUUCUUGGGAACCACCAACCAUUGUCACUGGAAAGUUUAGCUACAGAGUUGAGUUAUUUGGACCCUCAGGGCAUAUUUUGAAUAAUAGCACAAAGGACUUGAAAUUUACCUUUAAUAAUCUAAUACCAUUCACAACAUAUGAUGCGUUUGUUGCUGCUGAGACAAGUGCUGGGGUGGGGCCAAAGACAAACUUAACGGUUUUCACUCCUGCAGGAGUCCCAGGUCCUGUAUUUGAUCUGCAUGCCACAGAAGAAUCAGCAACUUUUAUUAGAAUUGCUUGGAAGAAGCCACAGCAACCAAAUGGAAUUAUUACUCAAUACAGAGUGCAAGUAUUACUUGAGGACACAGGAGAGAUUCUGGAAGAUACACUUCUGCCAGAAAAAGACCAGUAUUUCAUUACGUCAGUGGAUCCAGAGAUGAUGGAUGCAUAUACGCCAUCUGUCAUGUGGAAUAAAUUAGAAACAGUGACCAGUUUGUAUGAAGGUUCAGCUGACAUGUUCCCAGCAGUGCACAGGUUUUCUCCAGUAAAAUUUACAGAUAUGCCUGAUGAUAAUUUCCCCACUUCCAGUGAGGUUUCAGAGCUACAUGCAGAUUCUGCUGAGCAGCUGUCAUAUCUUAUAAACGGUCUCCAGCCUUUCACCAAAUAUGCAAUUGCUGUGUCUGCUUUUACCAUAAUUGGGGAAGGACCACCAGCUAUUCUCAUUGCUAGGACCAGCGAACAAGUUCCAAGCUCUGUAGAAAAUAUAAACUAUAAAAAUAUUAGUUCUUCUUCAAUUUUGUUGUAUUGGAAUGUACCAGUGAAUCCCAAUGGAGAAAUCACACAUUACACAGUGUAUGCAAUGGAGCUGGAUACGAACAGAGCCUUUCACAUGACCACAUCAAAUAACAGCAUCUUGAUUACAGACUUGAGAAAGUAUACAAAUUAUAAAAUGAGGGUAGCAGCCUCUACAACUAUAGGAGAAAGUGCUCUGUCCGAAGACAAUGAUAUUUUUGUGACAACUCCUGAAGAUGAGCCAGAUUCACCGCCGCAGAACGUUGAAAUAUCAGAAGUGACUGCCACAGAAAUAAACUUAAGAUGGUCACCUCCUGAAAAGCCCAAUGGGAUCAUAACUCAUUAUGAAGUUAUAUAUGAGGAUGCCAGUACUUCAGUUUUUAAAAAUACUACAGCAACAAAUCUUCUUUUAAAUGGCCUGAAACCCUAUACUCUGUAUAACAUUUCCGUAAGGGCAUUUACCUCCCUUGGUCAUGGGAAUCAGUCGUCUGCCCUGUUAUCUGUAAGAACAGCUGAAACUGUACCCGAGGUUCCGCCACAAAACAUAACAUACAGGAACAUAUCCUCUACAGAAAUAGAACUAUCUUAUUUUCCUCCAUCUGUCCCUAAUGGCAUUAUUGAGGGCUACACUAUAUAUCUCAGAGAGUCUGAUGGGACUGAGGAAAGAAUAAUCAACACCAAAAAUUCGUCAUUCACUAUUACAGGUUUAAAAAUAUACACAAAAUAUAUAGUUGAAGUAUCUUCAAGCACUGCAAAAGGGGAAGGUACUCGCAGUGUGCCUCUCUAUAUAAUGACGGCUGAAGAUGCGCCUAGCUCUCCUCCACAAUGGCUCACAGUAAAACAGUUGUCUGGUGUCACAGUGAAAUUGUCAUGGCAACCACCAUUGGAACCAAAUGGAAUUAUCCUCUAUUACACCGUGUAUAUCUGGAACCUCAUGUCCAGAAGAAGUAUUAAUGUGACAGAACCAUCAUUAGAGAUCACAGAUCUGGAAUAUAACAGUGAAUAUAAUGUUUAUGUAACAGCAAGUACCAGAUUUGGUGAUGGAAACAUGAAGAGUAACUUGACUAUGUUCAGAACUUCUGAAGGAGCUCCAAGUGAUCCACCUAGGAAUAUAUGGUAUAAAAACCUCACUUCUUCAUCAAUAGAAAUCUUCUGGGAUCCUCCUCAAAAGCCCAAUGGGGUCAUACAGUUCUAUUCAAUUUACUACAAAAAUGAUUCUAACACUUAUAUACAGAAUUUUACCAAUUAUUAUACUGAUCAUGGGUCUGAUAAUGCAACUUUGUCUACAGUAUUAAACGACUUAGCAAAAUGGAGCCACUACACACUUUGGCUAACUGCAAACACUGCCGUUGGAAAUGGAAAUCAAAUCAGUGAGAUAAUGCAAUUGUACACAGAUCAAGACGUUCCCGAUGGACCUAUUGAACAACUAGCCUAUCAAAACAUUUCUUCUACUGCUAUAAAUAUAAGUUGGAUGCCCCCAAUCCAGCCAAAUGGAAUUGUUUUCUAUAACAUUUCUCUGGCAAUACAGGAUGCUCAAGGGGACCCUGAGAUUUGGUCAUUCAUUUCAUAUGAUACAAAUAUGGUUAUUAAUCAUCUAGAAAAAUAUACCACCUACCUCCUAAACAUUACUCCAGCAACCGAAAAGGGGCCAUCUGAAAUACACAUGACUAGUUUGUAUAUCACAACUGAAGAAGAUGUCCCAGAUUCUGCCCCUGUCAUGACAUCAUAUAAAAACCUUUCAUCUACCUCAGUAAUGUUAUCCUGGGAUCCUCCGGUCCAGCCAAAUGGCAUCAUAAUAAACUAUGAUGUGCGGCUACAAGGGCCAGAAAGAAAUGAAUCUUUCACUACCUCCAAUAACUCUGUUAUUUUAGAAGACCUUUCACCUUUUACACUGUACAGUUUUUUUGCUUCUGCAAGAACUGUAAAAGGACUUGGACCAAGUUCUGUAUUAAUGUUCUCCACAGAUGAGUCAGUCCCACUGGCUCCUCCUGAGAAUCUGACAAUCCUUAAUUACACAUCGAACUCUGUAUGGCUCAAAUGGAACCCAAGCCCACAACCAAAUGGUAUUAUUAGAAUGUACGUUUUCAACAUUUUUGACAACAGUAGUCAAACUACGUUUUAUCAAAACAUUUCAGGUUCUCACAAUGAAACUACUAUUCUUGGACUAGAACCAUUCAGCAUUUAUUUCAUCAGCAUUUCUGCAUUCACAAAAGUUGGAAAUGGCAAUCAGUUCAGUAACAUUGUAGAAUUCACAACAAUGGAAUCAGCUCCAGAUAUUGUCCAGAAUAUCCAGUGCACUGCAACCAGCUGGCAGUUAGUUCUAGUGCAGUGGAAUCCUCCUUUGAAGACAAAUGGGAUUAUUAUCCAUUACAUCAUAACGUUUGGAAAUAAUUCAACCAUCAUAUCUUCUGCUAAUGAAACAGUGCAUACUUUCAAAGACUUGUUAUCAAAUACCUCUUACCAGUUUAAAAUAAAAGCUGCAACAGCUGCAGGGGAAGGAGAAGAACAGGCAUGUAAUGCCAGCACAUUUCCAGAAAAAGUUCCCAGUCCUCCCAGAGAGAUAGCAUUUUCAAGCGUGCAAUCCACAAGUGUGACCUUGAGAUGGAGAACCCCAGCUAGUAUCUUUGGGUACUUUCAAAACUACAGGAUUACUACACAAUUGCGCUCAAUCCAUUGUGACAACUGGGAAGCUGAAUGCAUUGAAUAUGAGAAGGUGCAAUAUUCAGACCUUAUUGAUGAUCUUACAGAGGAAACAGUUUAUGAUCUGAAAAAAUUCAGAUGGUAUAGAUUUAAAAUUUCUGCAAGUACAAACGCUGGAUAUGGGGGCUCCACACCUUGGAUUUCUACACAGACUCUUCCUGGAUCUCCAGAUGCUCCCCCUGAAAAUGUAACCGUGGUAGUUACAUCUCCUUAUAGUAUUAAUAUUAGCUGGAAUGAACCUCUCGUCUUAACUGGACCGACAUUCUACCUUAUUGACAUUACCUCAGUGGAUACAGAGGAUUACAAAGCCUCAUUUGUCAAAACAAAUGAGGAAGAAACAACCCUUGCUAUUUCCGGUUUAAUGGCAUUUACAAGAUAUUCUGUAGUGGUCACUGCAUUUACAGGAGAUAUACAUGCUGCACAUAAUGAAGGCAAGCCUAGCUCUGCAGUUAUUGUUUCCACAUCUGAAGCAGUACCCAGAGACCCACUUAGUAACGUAACAUUUCAGAGGAUACCCAAUGAAGUAACAAAAUUUCAGGUGACAUUUGUACCACCAUCGGAACUCAGUGGAAAUAUUCAAGUAUAUCAAGCGAUGGUCUACAAAGAAGAUGACCCAACUGUCUUCCAAAUCUAUAAUCUAAGUGUUAUCGACAGAACAAACAAGUCAGUUACUGCUCUAAUAGAAGGACUAAAAGGAGGCUAUACAUAUAAUAUCAGUGUGUAUGCACUCAAUGGUGCUGGUGCAGGGCCAAAGAUCCAACUGAAAAUCACAACAGACAUUAAAGAACCACCAAGACCUAGUAGGAAGCCAAUGCCAGUUUAUGAUACCAGUGGAGCCCUACUUGUGACUUCAACGACAAUUACUAUUCGUAUGCCAAUUUGUUAUUAUAGUGAUGAUCAUGGACCAAUAAAAAAAAUCCAAAUUCUAGUUGCAGAAGUAGGAGUUCAGCAUGAUGGCAAUGUAACCAAGUGGUAUGAUGCCUACUUCAAGAAGCCAAGGCCCUAUUUUGUCAAUGAAGGCUUUCCAAACCCUCCAUGUGUAGAUGGAAAUGAAGGACUGAGCAGCAAAGAAGAUGUAUAUGUAAUAGGGGCUGAUAGUACAUGUAUGAUACCAGGAAGUGAAGAACAAUAUUGUAAUGGCCCUCUAAAGGCAAGAAAGCAGUAUUUAUUUAAAUUCAGAGCUACAAAUAUCAAAGGCCAGUUUACAGAUUCAGACUACUCUGACCCCAUCAAAACUUUAGGUGAUGGGCUGUCUGAAAGAGCUGUAGAAAUAAUCCUUGCGGUUACUUUGUGUAUAUUGUCCAUAAUUCUUCUAGUGGCUGCAAUUUAUGCUUUUGCAAGAAUUCGUCAAAAGCAAAAAGAAGGGGGCACAUACUCUCCACGGGAUGCAGAAAUUAUUGACACUAAAUUCAAACUAGAUCAGUUGAUCACAGUGGCAGACCUGGAAAUGAAGGAUGAAAGAUUUACACGAUAUUCCUCCUUUUUCUUUAGACGGAAGGAGAUAUUUGUUAUCCAGUUACUUAGUUAUAGAAAAUCCAUCAAGCCUAUCAGCAAGAAAUGUUUCCUUCAACAUGUUGAAGAGCUCUGUGCAAACAACAACCUAAAGUUUCAGGAGGAAUUUUCGGAACUUCCCAAGUUUCUUCCAGAUCUUGCCGCCACAGAUGCCGAUCUUCCAUGGAACAGGUCUAAAAACCGUUUUCCAAACAUCAAGCCAUAUAACAAUAACCGGGUUAAGUUAAUGCCUGAUGCAAGUAUACCUGGAUCUGAUUACAUCAAUGCUAGCUAUGUUUCUGGCUAUUUGUGUCCAAAUGAAUUUAUUGCUACCCAAGGACCACUACCAGGGACAGUAGGAGAUUUCUGGAGAAUGGUAUGGGAAACACGAGCAAAAACCCUUGUUAUGCUCUCUCAGUGUUUUGAAAAAGGACGAAUAAGAUGUCAUCAGUACUGGCCUGAAGACAAUAUACCAGUAACUGUUUUUGGAGAUAUAGUGAUUACCAAAUUAGUGGAAGACAUUCAAAUAGACUGGACUAUAAGGGAUUUGAAAAUAGAAAGGCAUGGGGAUUGCAUGAUGGUACGUCAGUGUAACUUUACUGCCUGGCCAGAACAUGGAGUACCUGAAACAAGUGCAUCAUUAGUCCAUUUUGUAAAGCUAAUCCGUGCCAGCCGAGCACAUGACAGCACGCCCAUAGUUGUUCACUGCAGUGCUGGAGUUGGAAGAACAGGUGUUUAUGUGGCUCUUGACCAUUUAACACAACAUAUAAAUGACCAUGACUUUGUGGAUAUCUAUGGACUUGUAGCUGAGCUGAGAAGUGAAAGGAUGUGUAUGGUUCAGAAUCUGGCACAAUAUAUUUUUUUGCACCAGUGUAUUUUGGACUUAUUGACAAUCAAGAGGAGCAGCCAGCCUUUAUGUUUUGUUAAUUAUUCAGUACUGCAAAAGAUGGAUUCUUUGGAUGCCAUGGAAGGUGACGUGGAACUAGAAUGGGAAGAAACCACCAUGUAAAUAAAUGGAUGAAAUGUCUGUCUCGAGAAACAAAUGGAUUUUUUCAACACCAGAGGCCAAAAACAUAUCCCAUUCUUACAAAACUAGCUAAAAGCAAAGAGUAAUUUUUAUAGAAAAAAAGAAAAGGAAAAAAAGAAAUUAGACUGUUUAUACUCUAUUUAUAUGCCUUCACAAAUACUAUAAAUUAUUAAAUGACACUUUUGUACAGAGUGCUGUUCUGUUUCUAUAACAAAAUAUUGUAUGCAUUGAGUGCAGUCCAGCAAUAAUGAAUCAUGUAUUAAGUUCUAUCAACAGCAUGAUUAAACUAAACAUUUCAUUGGA